AUGCCGGCCGUUCCCGCCGCCUCCACCUCGCCAGGCUCAGCUGGCAUCGCCGUCUUCGAGCCAGCACGCUUCGAGCGCCUUCAUCGCAUCAUCAACGAGGCCGCUUCCAACCCUGUGCGCCUUGCCCGCUCCAACGACUGGUUCGUCACCAUCGACAGGAAUCGCUCCGACCUCGCAGACCUCGGCAGAGUGCGCCCCUCCUCCGACCUUGAGCGCAAGGAGAUCGAGUCUGGCAAGAUCACCAUCAAUGGCAGCACCCAGAACUUGAACCCCGACUUUGCCCAGCAGUCCCUCUUGUUGGCGCGCGAACUCGGCGUCUCGGAACACUAUGCCGCCUCCUUGCUCCAGCAGGGCAUCGCAGGUCGCGCAAAGUGGGGCCGCCCCGCCGUCGAAGUCGCUUGCAUCCUCCACCACCGCGAGCGCCUCGCCCUCCUUGCCUGCCUCAAGGAGCUCCUCCGCAAUGCGCUCACCAUGCCCUUCGAGGACGACGUCGAGGCGCAGCGCAUGGGUCUCAAGAUGGAGCAGCUCGUCGAGUCGCUCGUCUCCAUCGAGACCUCGGUCAGCUCCCCCGGCUCGUCCACGCGCAAGGUGACGCUCGCAGAGAGGAUCCUCGUCGAAAUCGACAACGUCAAGGCUUCAGCCGCCCGCGUCAAGGCGUCGCUCGAGUCGCCCCAGGCGAACCAGGCCAUCCAGACGCAGACGUCCAACUUCCUCGGCCUCGGCACCGCACAGUCGGCUGCCAACAACAACAACACAGCAUCCGCAUCCACCUCCGCACAAGGCAGGCUCAGCGACGAGAUCCAGCUCGACCGUCGCGCAUGGCUGCGUGAGGAGCGACGCGAGCUCGGCCAUCUCCUCUACCUCCUUUCCAUCUCGUCGCUGCUCACCCCUUCCAACAUCUCCGCCAUCCUCCGCUGGCUCGCUGCCGUCUCUGCCGAGACGUAUGACGAGAUGACCAUCUACGUCCUCACAGCCCUGCUCGGUGCGCUCGACGCCAAUCCCGAAGCCCGCGCUGCCAUGGCGGAACGCGCAAGCAGGGGAACGCUUCGCAAGACCGUCGAGGACCUCCUCGACGACGAAUCCUUCAUCACCUCCACCCACGCCGAAGUCACACGCAAAAAGUGGGCGCUCGGCGAGCUCAACAGCGCCGUGGCCCUUCAAUGGUCUCUGUUCCUCGUCGAGGCUUUCUCUCGCAACCCCACCUACCGCAGCCAGCUCUCCAUCUCCGAGGAGCAGAUUCAGGACAUCGUACUCCAAUCCAUCACCGGCUCAUCACUUUCGAAGGAUUCGAAGCAGGUGUCGGGCGCAAGCUCGGGCUCAGACGGACCCUCGGGAGGCGCAUUCAUCUUCCUCGUUGUGCGCAUCCUCGCUUUCCGACAAAAGACCAUCGAUGCUCUCUUCGGCGAAGAGGAGGGCGCCAUCGCUGCCGAAGCAGAUGCCGCUGCUGCUGUCGCUGCAGCGGAUCUGAUGGAGAAUAACGCUUGGGAUGACGAGGUGGACGCCGAGUUCCGCGAGUACGUUGUGCAGCAGAUCCACAAUUUCGCAGUCGGCACCACCUCGGUCAUGCUGCCAAUGCUUCGCCGCAUUCAGCGCUCCGAGGAGGACGCUGCAUUUGCGCUCUCUCGGGGGCUGGGUGCCCGCGCAGGCGGCUCGGCGCCACCAGAGCGCAGGUACGACAUCGAGGCGCUCUUUGACCUCAUCGCACUUCUCUGCCGCGGACGACCCGAGGCUGGCUUGCCCUUCUGGGUGGGCCCCGACAACCGCACCACGCGCUUCCUUGCCUGGGCCAUCGAUGUGCGCGAGCCAGGUCACCAGCGCGCGCUUCUCAACAUGCUCUCCGCCAUGUCUUCGGGACCGCAGAGCGCAAGCCAAGCGUAUGCCUUGCUCGACCAAGAGAGCGCAUCGAAUGGCGCUGCAGGCGAAGGCCGCCUCGUAUCGUGGAGCCGAUUCUUCGAAUGGAUCACCUACUACAUCGACACCUUCCACCAGGCCGUCUCUUCGUCGUCGUUCCAUUCCUCCAGCUACCAGACACUCGCCAUGCCCAAGAACGAGGAGACGCUUCUCGUCGGCUUCUUGCGCCUCUUCCGCAACGUCAUCUUCUUCUCGCAGCCCGCUCGCGACGCGCUUCUGCAGAAUUCGACCUACAACGCCCUCGACAAGCUCUUCUCACUCCUCACGUGCCCGGUCCCCGUCGAGCUCAAGGCGAGCAUUCUUGAUGCACUCUCGGCCUUCCUUCACCACGGCUCGAGUGGUCCUGCCGCACGGGCCCGAUUUUCAGCCAUCGCGACUCAGCUCUGGGACCGCUUCGACGAAUGUGGUCUCUUGCCCACGGAUGGCGUUGCUAACAAGUCGCGUCUGGGUGCCGAGCAAACGCCGUCGACCGCCUUUGGGCCUUCCUUCAAGCCGCUCGCUUCCAAGGGCGUUCUGUACGAGCUCGAGAACUUUGAAGUGCCGCUGCGCACCUUCCCUGGAUCCACGAGCUUUGUCAACUUUCUCAAAGCGCUGGUCCAGCUGCCUUCGUCCGCCCUGGCCGCCGGCUCCUCGGCGCUGGCGGACAAUUCGGCUGCUUCUGCAACCGGCGCAAAUCCCUUCAACACCAUCGUCGAGUACGGCCGGUCCGGUCAGCAGACCUCCCACUCGCAAGGCCCGUCCUCGUACCAGCAGCAGCCCCAGCAGUCGCAACAGCAGCAUGGCCAACGCCGUCACCUUCGCUCGGUCGAGCGAUAUGUCGACUUUGUCAUCGACCACGUCUUCCUCAAGGCACGCACGCGCGACUACGUCGAGCCGGCAGAGCAGUGGCGUGUCGUCGCAUCAUGCCUCGACUUUGUCGAUCGAUCGCUGCAAUCAUACGACCUCGCCGCGCUUCUUCGCACCAGCGAGGGCGCCGAUGCCGUGGCCGAUCCGGCUCUGCUUACCACGCUCGCCUCGCAUCCCGGUUUCUUCUUGAUGCGCCGCAUCCUCACCGGUUCCAAGAUGGUCGGCGAGAUGCUCGGCAUUCUUGUGCCUGGCUCCGGUCUUGCCGCCUUUGAGGCGAUCAACCAGAAUCGCGCCAGCACCUUCUUCUACGGCAGCUCGGUCCGACACGUGCUCAGCAUCCUUGAUCGCGUUUUGCGAUACCAAGACCUCUUUGUCCAGGUUCUGCUUCCCACGCUGGUGGACUCGAGCCUCAACGGAGUGCAGUUGCCGUUUGACGUCUCGGCUCGUGUCGGCAACUCGGGCUCGUACAGCAGCUUCGACAUCCAGCUGCUGCACGCGCACGAGUCGGUCGUGCAGAUCGCCCUGCUCAUCAACUGCGUGCGCGACGACGUUGCGCUGCUCUCGGUGCGCCUGCUCGGUCUCAUCGCACGCACCGCCGCCUUUAGCGCCGUCGAUCGCUUCGGCGAGAUGGGUUACCGCCGUAAGAUGAACCGCCUCGUCGGCCUCCUCGAGAUGAGCGACGAGGCAGGACGUGUCAAGGCCGGCUACGUCGGCCGACUCGAGGCUGAGCCGUCGGGCGAUGCAGCAGGAGCCAAGCUGCUCGAGACGCUUACCGCGCUCGCAGGAAACGCAGACUAUGAGCAGGAUGAGGAUGCUGAUCUCGUCACGUCCGAUGUUCACGCCAACGCGGCACUGGCUUCGGGUGAUGCCGUCGAGGCCAUCCAGAUCGCCAUCGUCAACCUCUUGCUCGCAGGCGCCGAGGCUGGUCAGCCAGCCCCGAACGUCGCCCACUUGCUUCUCGGCUACGACCUGCGAGCGGUGCGUCCCGAGGAGCAGGUCAUUGUCGACCCGGACGCAAACACGGCUGCGCCCAGUGCCAUCCACGCCAUUCUCGCCUUGCUGCGCCCUGAAGUUGACGGCGAAGGCUCUACCUUCCUCAGCCUGGCCGAGCGAUCGCCGGGCUUCGCAGAGAAGUGCUGUGCGCUCCUGCUGCGACUCUGCACGCACCCGUUCACCAGCGCAGCAACGCUCCGCUACCUGCGGACCAAGGAAGACUUUGUUGUACAGCAGCUGCGCAGCCUUCCACUGGUGCCGGCCGAGCGUCCCACACUGACGGAUGACAGCACGGCCGCGCUGGGUCUGGUGCAGUUUGCCGACGGCCAGAACAUCGAGACGACCGUGGACCGAGUCACGGCCUCGCUGCGCAUGCGCGCGUCGCUGCUUGAGCUCACUGCGCUCGAGCUGCACUCGCUGCUCAACGCCAACAUGCAAUCCCGCGCGGCUCGCGUUGUGGCAGCGCUCUUCGGAUCCAAUGCGACCGUCGGCGGCGUCGAUGCGGACGACAGCGUCGACGAGGACGAUGCACUGCUCGGCACCGAGCGCGACUUCCGCCUCGGCGCAGGCGGCGCCGAGGUGCGCACCUUUGGCGGCGUCCGCUUCCUCGAGAUCCUGCAGAGUCUCGACUUUGAGUGGUACGAUGACCGCGAAGCGCUGGGCCAGGGUAUCACCGUCAUCACCCCGGAGCAGCUCGAGCUCGCCAAGCGACCCGACGCGGCGCUGGGACCCCGACUGUACAAUCUAGGCGCGGUGCUCGCCGUGCUGGUGCGCGAGAAGACGCUGCUCCAGCAAAAGGGAAGCUUGCGCGACGCAGGCCAGGCGAACCCUUUCCUGGAGCAGGCCGCCUUCGUUCUGCAGUGGGCGGCUGCGCAGAACGCCAAGAAGGCCGUCGCCUUCUCCCGCCGACGCGUGCUGCAGGCGUGGCGACAGACGCUCGACAUGGUGCUGGCUCGCGCUGCUGGCCUGUUGCGCACCGAAGCGCGGUCGGGCCUCAUGUUCGACUGCCUCUCCGAGCUGCUGCCGCGCAUUUCGGCGCCUUCGAACGAUGUGGCGGGGCUCGAUGUGCCAUCGGCGGACCUCGUGGCGGGCGCCGUGCUGUCGCUGCUGACCUCGCUUCGCCAGCACCGCGUGGAGCUGACGACGGGCGCGCUCGACUUGGAGACCGUGGAUGCGCUUCCCGUUGACCGCCUGCUGACCACGCUGCGUGCGCUCGUGGACUCGGUGCUGCGGAUCGAAACGACGACGCUGGCGCGAGGCAACCUCUACUCGGCACUCAUCAACUUCCUCCAGCUGGUCAAGUCCGGCAACGGCAACGAAGCCAGUGCCGAUGCGGGCGCCAACGAUGGAGCCUCGAUCAUCGCCACCGACGUCGACGAAAGCAUGUCCGUUGGCGGCGUGUCGAACACGACGACCAACAUCUUUGGCGGACGUGCGCAGACGAGCACGCUCGAAGCGCGCACGCGCACGCUGCUGCUCUCGCACGCCGAGCGCCUCAUGGAUGUGCUCGCGCGCGAUGCGCUCGACGCGAGCGAUCUGUCCAAGACGAUCGCGUUUACGCUGCUCGACAAGCUGUGUGCGCUGGAUGCGCCGGCGUCGGCGAGUGGCUCGUCACGCCGCGGUGGCUCGAGAUGCCUCGACCUGCUGGACCGCAAGGGCUACAUCAAGAGCUUUGUCACGGCGCUGCGCGACUCGGACCUGGCGCUGCAGGAGACGCUGCGCCCUGAUCCGGCGAGCCUCAAUGCGAUCUAUGUGUACGAGGCGCGUCUGGCGUUCCUGAACCGCAUGGCGCAGACUCGCGACGGCGCCGAAAGGCUGCUCAGCGCCAAGAUCUUCGAUGUGCUGGCGCAGUCCGACUAUCUCGCGGCGCGGCCGGACCAGGACCAGGAGUUCGUUGAUCUCGACAGCUUCCUGCCCGCGGCGACGGAGCGCUACAAUGCACUGCUGACGCCCGUGCUGCAGCUGACCACUAGCAUCCUCGCCAGCGCCUCGGCCACGGGGGCUGUGUCGAGCCAUGGUGCGUUUGGCGGGCCCAAGGGACUCGCGGCCACUUCGGCGUCGGCGGCACCCAGACAUGCGUUGGCUCUGCUUACGGCGCACCGCGAUGCGCUGCUGACGGUGCUGCGUGCGCCGCUGCAGGAGUUCUGCUCGUACGCGCAGCUCGGACAAGCGCACCUGGUGGUGGCGAUCUUUGUGCUGAUGAUGCCGGCGCUCGACGAUGAUGCGCAGCAGGCGCCGAGCCCGCUGGCGCCUUUCCACACGGCGAUCGUGGCGCUGGCGGCGACGUAUCUGCCGACGUCGGCGUGGCGCUCGCGCAUCGUGCCGUACAACGAGGCGGAGCGCGAAGAGGCGCGUGUGCGCACGGCGUCGCUGCGUGCGCUGCCUGGUGUGGGCGAGGCGAACGGCGGAGCGGGCGUCGAGGAGGAGAGCGCAUUCGAGGCCAAGGUGGGUGCAAUGGUGGUGAGGAUGCAGAUGGCGCUGCUGUCUUAUCUGGAGGGUGCGAGUGAUGCGCGUGGCAAUGCGGCGGCACGGGUGCGUGCGGUGCUGAUCCCGUCCAUGGCAGCGUACCGCGAGCGAUCGCGCACUCCGUACGGCGGGGAAGAUGGUGCGGACGGCGAUUCGUCUCGCGCGGGAUUGUUGCGCUCGCAGCGCGCGUCAGCUGCCGCAUCGACGGUGCCAAGUCUGGGCAGCCUGGUGGCUGCGCUGGACGAGUAUGCGGACUCGAUCGCCAAGGAGCUGCAGGCGCUCGAGAACAUCGAGACGCUGCUGGAGAAUAUGGAUGCGGUGCGACAGGAUGAGCUGGACGAGAUUGCACGCGAUGCACUCGGCGAUGCGGGCGUGGGCGAGCUGUCGCCUGCACAACGUCGAUCGGUAGCCCUGCGCCACCUUCGCACGCGCAAGGCCUCGCUCCGCGCCGCGUCUACCUCGAAACUCGACGCCGUCGAGCUCAUCCUCGUGCUGCUCAUCCGCCACAUUGACUUUUUCCGCACGCUCACCACCGACCGCCCGACCGCCGCCGGUCUUGCGCGCGGCUCGCCGGUGCCUUCGCUCCUCGGCGCCGCAGCCAACAACCUGGACCGCUCCAACCUCAUGCAGGCGCUCGCCGAGAGCUUGCUGCCCAUCGUCGAGGACAAGAUUGGCUACCUCUCGCUCCCGCCCGCGCUCGUCGCCAACGCCAGGGAGCGUCAGAGCUUCCUCCAGAUGGCCGGACGCCGUCUCGCCAGCUUCCUUACCGAUGCCGAGUAG